AUGUUAUCUUGCGAGUACAAUUUACCUGACCUGUAUCUGGAAACAGACUUGAAUAUUGGUGAAUCAUUUGAUGUGGAUGACUGCAUAUACGAUAAUGACUCGUUUGAAUCGGAGCUGCAGCAAGAUGAUGCGGAAGUAGUAACAGAAGAAACAAAAGAUAUAGAUACAACCUUUGAUUCCAACAUCCAGUAUAUUUAUCAACAACCACAAAGUCAUUCCAAUAAAACAACCGCUCUACAGUUACAGGACAGCGCCUCAGUUCAACAAUAUCCUAAUAACAACAAGUCCCUACCAGCUAGAAAAGUGAACAGCAGGGACAAAAAAGAGUUUAUGGAAACGUGGAUUCGGCAAAAGUCAAAAAUUGCAAGUAUCGAGCGCGAAUUAAUAUCGAUUCAGUCAAAAGCCAACUUUCAUGAAGCAGUUCAAGCCUAUCCAACCAAAUACAAUCAAAUUCAAAAUAUAAGCGUGGAAAAUGAUAUUAAAUCCGAAUGUAAAAAUAUGCAUGAUACUAUAUCUCAUAUUAGACAUAGAGUAAACGCACUUGUGGAUAUGAAAAAAAAUCCAAAGAACGAUUGUGCUUACAUAGAUACGCUGAAGCAGACAGUGGAGUCAAUUGAAUCAGAUAUUCAAUCAUUUAAAAUUCAAAGUAGAUCCAGUUAUGGAAAGCUUGUCAACGAAGAAAGAUUAGUCAAGCAAGAAUUGAAAUCAAUGGAGGAACGAAUUCAAAACUGGGAAAUGCAGCUUGAAAAUAUACCUGCAAAGGUGCAUGGUGUAUUUUUCGAACAAGUUAAUCCUGAUUCAAUUUCAAACAGAAGAAAUGGUACGCAUGUGUCAGGGCUGCUUCCAGAAGUGAUUAGAUUCCAGAAAUUUCUAGCACAAUGGGGAGGACACUAUGGAGGAUGGGACAGUCAGAAUCAUGCAGCAUUUUUAAAGUAUAGACUCAAGUUUGGUGAUGCAGGCCCUAAAUUUUUACAGCAUUGCGUUCAAUAUAUUCCUGGAGUUUGUGAGCAAGAUGUCCAAGAUCACGAGCUUUGGCUUAGCGAGUACUUACGACAUGCUGAAGCUCAAAAACAGGCAAUCGCCAACUGGAAGCAUCAAAAACAGAUGUCGAUUGACGCUGUUAAAGCUACAUUUGAAGAAAAAGAAACUCAAAAAAAUACUGUACAAAGCACACCAGUCGAAAAUAUCCAAGAAAAAGAGUGGAGAAAGGAGCAGAUAAAGCAAUGGAAGACUGAGCGAGAAAAUCGUCAGAAACAGCAAGAUAUGCUCAAAGAAACAAAACAAAGGCAAAUUCAGCAGAAAAUGAAUGCUAAACGCCAAUCAGAGCAACUAAAAGCAAAAAGGUUGCUCAAUGAAUAUAAAGAAAGGCGUGCUAAAAUAAAAGAACAGGAGGCCGAAUGGAAACAGUGCAUGACUCAAUUGACAGCCAAAGACUGUGAGAAUUUAAAAUCAGAUUCUAGGCAAAUCCAAGCAAGGUUUAUACAAAAAAAUAACGAAAUAAUUCAAAAUAAGCUGCGUUUACAAAAGCAAAAAAUGGAUAUUGCUCAAGAAAGGCAGCGCCAAAUUGAUCAAACCAAAUAUCACGUUUUUGUUGAAAAAGAUCCAAAUCGACUUUUAAAACCGACCAUGGCACAUACCAACCGCAUUGCUGCAAACACAGCACCUGCUUUGGACCAAAAGAUCUUGUCAAAGUUUACAGUAAACACAAUCCCGCGUCGAUCUAUUCCAUCUUGGCGUGCAGAAGUUUAA